AUGAUAAGAUCACCUGCAAAUGAUGAUUACAACUACUCGACCGCCAAAGUCGCGGCUGCUGCUGUGGAUUCAGGUCUCACACAUUUUAACACUCCGGUUCCUUACCUCUAUGGGGCGCUAGCCUUGCUGCUGGGCGUCAUCUCUGCUGCUUUGAUAAUUCUUGCUUGCUCUCGCCGAAAGUCUGCCACUCUGCGGCCUCUGCCACCCGGCUCCUCCAGUGGUAGUGCUGCCACUGAAGGGCUGCCAGAAAUGAUGGAUGGAGAAGUCGGGCCAAAGAUCGUGGUUAUCAUGGCCGGAGAUGACAAACCCACUUACUUAGCCAAGCCUGUCGUCUCUUCAAGCAGCCACAAAGAGCAAGUUUGA